AUGCACUCGCCGCCCGGCAUCAGUCGGUACGCGCCGAGCUCGCAUCAACAGCACUUGCGUUGGAACGAGCCAAUGCGGGUGAACAUGCUAUCAAGGUUCGUGGGUUUCCCAUGUACUGACAAGCAGCUCCGCACACGCGCUUUGGAACAGGAGUUAGCGCUUGCACAAAAUAACGCAGAGUGGUCACGUAAUGAACUUUCACGAGAACGCGAGAGCGCGGCCAAGUCUCGAGCAGAGCUCGUCAACCGCGCCGUGCAAGCUGAGUCAUCUCGCGAUGUUGCAGAGAAGGCGCGAGCAUCGUCAGCUGCACAACUUUCGCAGGCUGAGCAAAUCCUCCGUGAAACACAGUCGCGAUAUACGGACGCAGUCCAUGCCAUGGCUGAGUUACGUGGGCGUCUUGCGACACAGGAAAACGAUGCAAAAAUGUCGCAAUCAGCAGCUGAGCAAGCCAUUGACCUCGCCGAGGCGCGUGUUCGUCGCGCCGAACACCGAGCGAAGGAGCUCGAGGCCAGCUGCGAUGCGAUUAUGUCUGAAUGUGCGGCGCGUGAGCGGGCAGUGCGCCUCGAGGCGGACGAAGCACUCGCCAAACUAGACUCACUAGAGCAAGAAAAAACGGCUGUUCAAGACGCCUUGGAUCACCUCGCUGGCGCACUCGGCGUCGAUGAUGCCCUGUCCGGCACCAUGACUGCCACUCCGUCACGUGCCGCAUCCUUUGCUGCGCAGGUGCAGCAAGACGGAAAGAAGUUCAGUGACGUGUAUGUGGACUUGCUGCGUGUGCAGGAGGAGCUACGCCGCGAGUCUGAGGAGCGGGGCCGCCUGGAGGGCGUGCUAGCCGAAGUCAUGGCGGAUCUCGAUGCUCAUGCACCGCAGCUCAAGGCACAGCGUGCUGAGGCAAUGCAGCUACGUGCAGAUCUUGACUCGGCACUCAGUGAGCUGCAGGAUGCCCGAGAUGCUAGGAUGCAAGCUGAGGGCUCGGCACAGGAUCUGAGCGCUGAGCUGGAGCGUGUGCGCCGUGAGCAUGUGCUGGAAGCGCAGCAGCUGGAAGACGCCACGUCCCAGGUCCGUACAUUACUGCGGGAAACAAUUCUCCUGAAGGAUCCAUCAGCUGCUGAGCGACUGAGCGAAGACGGCAUCGCUGGAGCAGGCGGUGACCCGUCUCAGCGCGCAUCCAGUGAUAUCCAGGACGUUAUUACAGAAGAGCUCGUUACAUUCCGCUCGCUUUCUGAGCUGUGUGCACAGAACCAACGACUCCUACAGGCCGUUCGUGAGCUUGGGCAGCGUCUCGAGGCGCGCGAUCCACGCGACGCCGAACUGCGAGACGCAGCUGAUAUGCUUGAGCGUGUGUCUGAAGAGCUGCGAUCUGAGCGUCAAGCGUUGGCUACUGUCGAGCGAGAACGCGAUCUCUACAAGAAUGUCUGUACGGCACGUGGUUUGGAUGCCCACGACAAUGGGUCGUUGCAUGCGCCUGAGCCUGGGCCGGCGCCGUCACCGGUGCCGCCGGUGCCGCCGACUGUGCUGGCAGACCUGAGUCGCGAAGCUGCCGCGCGUGCCGCUGCCGAAGAACGUAUUCACAUGCUGCAAGAAGCGGUCAAGUUCCACGAGUCACGCCUUGCAGACGCCAUGGCACACACCGAGCGUGUUCAGGCCGUGUUGGAUCGCCGCGAUGCCGCUUUGCGCGAUAUGGAGCAAGCGCUCGCAGCAAGCCGUGCCACUGAGCAUGACUACCACACGCGUCUAGCGGCUCGUGAUGCUGAGCUGCGUCUCGUACUUGAGCAACGGGAUGGGCUGCUUCAGGAGAACACGCGACUGGGCGAAGCACGUGCUGAGGCUGAGGCUGCAGCUCGGAGCGCGUACAGUGCUGGCGUCACUCACUCGUCUGAGCAUGCGGCCCAUGUUGAGCGUCUGCAGCGAGAGCUUGCCACACUGCAAGUCGCUGCAACAACGCAUGAGACGCGACUCGCCGAGGCGCGAGCUGAGGCGACACAUGCGUCAUUGCGCCGCGAUAUCGAGACGCGCGAAUUGCGUGAACGUCUAGAGACCCUCGCACAGCAGCAUGCAGCUGCUCGCGAGGCCUUGGCAACGGCUCAGUCAGAUGCUCAGCACCAGGAACGCCGUGCCGCAGACGUGAGCCAGCAACUUGAGCAUGCGCGACAGAUGGCGUCGCUGCUUGAAAAGCAGCAUGCGGCUGCGGAAGAGAGCCGCCGCGCAGCUGUGGCCAAAGCGCUGGGUUGCGCCUCUGAUUCACAGCUGCCGCCAGAGCGGCAACUAGAGAUGGAGCUGAGUGACGUGCGCCGUGGACGCGCGGCUGCUGAAGCUGAUACCCUCGCUGCUAAGGCAGCAUUGGCCGAGGCACAGAGCGCGCAGGCGCGCACAGCGGCGGAGCUUGAGCAGCUGAAACAGGAACUAACAAAUGCACAGGCUGCGAAGCAAGCUGCUAUGGCCGAGAAGGACAAGCUGUCGGCAGAGUGGCAGGCCCGGCUUGAUGAUGUGGAGGGCAAGCUGAAGGACGCUGCUUCACGUUCUGAGGAGCUCGAGAGGCAGCUGCAUGAGCAAGCCGCGGCGCAUACAACCGAGAAACGCGAGCUGGAGGAUGCUAUGGCCGGACUGCAUGAUGCAGAGACGAAUGCAGCUACGGAGCAAGUGUCGGCUUGGGAUGAAGUACGCAGGUUCUCUGCGCAGGCAAAGGAGGCAUCGCUGCGUGCGGACGAAGCAGCACAGGCACACGCUGCCGCCAGGCAAGAGGCCGAGAAUGCACGGGAAGAGCUACAGCGCGUCCGUGAUGAAGCCGAGAAACUGCGGAAGGCCAAAGACAUUUUGUCUGCAGAGCACAAUCGUGCCGUGCUUGAUGCACAGGAGAAAGUCCUGGCACUUGAGAAGAGUGUCGAGACCCUGCGCACGGAGCGAGACGAGGUGCAGCAACAGAAUGACCAGCUCCAUGAACAUCUCGAGGCUGUUAGCAGACAGGUUGCCUUGCUCGGUUCACAUGCAUGGAAUGGCAAAGUCGAAGAUGCCAUGCAAGAGGCAGACGCCGCUGACGAGGCUAAUACAACCACUGACACACCUCAUGGUGAAGUCCCCGCCGCUUCUGCUGUUCCCAGCAAGGGCGAACUACAAGUGAUCCGCUAUUUGCGCCGCGAGAAAGAAGUCCGCGAACUCGAACGAGACAUGGCCGUGCAGGAACGUGCUCGUGUCGAGCAGAUGCUCGAGACGACGAAACAAGCGCUCGAGUCAUGUCGAGCUGAUCUUGCACAGCAGCGUGAGUCGUCGCAAAGUCCCAGCGCACAAUACACCGAGCUGCUGGACAAGAUCAAUCAGCUCAGUGCAUUGCGCGAACACGUUACGACACUCGGUGAGGCAAAGCUCGCCGUCGAAGCCCGCAAUCAGACACUCGAAGCACAACUCAAGCAGGCGCAGACAGAAGUCCAGCCAUUCCGCGAGCAGCUGCAGCGGGCGCAGGUCGAACUCGAGACCUCGCAGAGCCGACUACGUGUUGUGCAAGAUGACGUAACUCGUUGGAAGACUCGCGCCUCUGGCUUACUGCAAUCCAGUGGCGUGGAGGAGGAACUUAAAAAGGUCGAGAAGGAACGUGCGGAGGCCCAGCAGCAGGUCCAGGCCGCUAAGAACGAGUUGGCAUCCGAGACGGAGAGACUGUCCACUGAGCUGCAGGCCGCGAACAAGCGCUUUGAACAACUUCGUGAACAGGUGCGCGCGCGCAUUACGCAAGAGCGACGCGCUGUCGCAGAGGCGGUGGAGCGUGCCAAGCAGCUCGAAAAAGAUAUGGCCUCUCAGGCACAAGUGGCCGACGACGAGAAGAAGGCGUUGCAGGCCAAGCUGGAUGAACUUUCGUCGGCACCAAUCAAAACCGAGUCAGAUCAGCAGAAGGACGACGCGCCUGCCACGGUGCCGACCAACCCCACAUCUAGCUCUGAACCCAACACGACUGGCACUGCCGCUAGCGUUGAGACUCCUCAACCGGUCGCUCGUGCAGAUGCCCAUCCUGACUCGACGUCCAACCAAGAAGCUCCAAAGCAGGAAGAACAGGCUGCAUCCGGUCCCGCGCCUGCCACUUCAACAUCCGAAACUCCUGCUCAAGAAACCAAGGACAACGCCAACACGCCCGGGAAGCCCGAGCAGGAGUCAGCUUCCCAACCUGCGCCCACGAGGCAGGGUGAGUCCUCCACAGCCCCAUCAUCGGUCGGCACACCUUCGCUGGAGCAGCAACUGCAGGCAAAAGUGGAGGAAUGCGAGAAACACAAGCACUUUGCUCGGACGUUCCUGAAGGAGAAGCGAGCUGCUGAAGCGCAACUCAAGACCCUGUCGGAGCAGUUGGCCUCUGCGCAAUCUGAAUCAUCAAAUACACCGCAAAAACAAGAAUCAGAUACAGGCGAGCCGGCAACGACGUCAUCUUUGCAGGCACGUAUUGCCGAACUUGAAGAUCUCUUGUCCAAAGCUCAGGCCCAGGUUUCUGAACUCGAGAAAGAAGUGGCUCGUAUCAAGGACGAGGGUGCGAAGGCGUUGGCUGCGAAAGAGGAAGAGCUCAAGACGCUACGUGCUGGUCCAGAAGCGGCUAUCUCAGCGAAGGAGGCCGAGCUACAAGCCCAUUACCAGCCGCUUCUCCAAUCCCGCUAUGAGGACGGCAAGCGUGAAGCGGCUUUACGCAACCAGAUCAUGAUCAGUCAGCGCGAUAAAAAGAUUACGAAUCUCUCGAAUGAGAUCAAUCAGCUCAAGUCUCAACUUGGCCUCGAUCCAUCUAUACCGAAGGAGUCGACUGCCUCCAAUGAUCCACCCAAGCAGGAAACGUCCAAGCCUGCUCUGAAACAGAUGGGUACAGAUUCUUCGAGUAACGCUUCGAAAGAUACGAAGAAGGACUCCGCCAAAAACACAUCAACAGAAGCCGACAAAGACACCUCAAAGACUGCUCCGAAAGACCAAACUUCUACCGAGAAGAAAGAAGUCAUAGGCAACCGUCCGGCCGUCGUCCGAGGUGGUGCCACAUCUGCGCGUGGUGGCCGUGGCGGCGGCGCGCCUAAACCUGUGCCGAUCCGCACAGCGGAUGUCGGCGUUACCUCAAUCCGAGGCGCUGCAGCUUCUAGAGGGACUGCUGUGCGCGGACGAGGUGGUAGUACAUUGGCUGUCGCAGGCGGAGCAAAACGCAAGCGUGAACUGAAUGCGUCAACGUCGAGUGAGAACGAGACGAAACCACCAGCGGCGAAGCCAACCUCAACGAAGAAGUCGCGGGCUGAGAACAAGAAUCCUCCUGACUCAAACUCUUCGUAA